UUGCGGUCAACUCGCAUGCGUAUCCCUCGGCCACAUUGUGGCCCCUUCCCUAAGCGAACCCACUCUUGUGGAGGACUCUCUGCUGCCGACAUUGGAUCCCGCGUCGUCCUAACUGGAUGGCUCCUGCCUGAGCGCAAGGGCGGAAAAAACUUGUCCUUUUUUCCACUUCGAGAUUCGCUCGGCACAACCCAGUUGGUUGUGAAUAAUCAGCCCUCUUUCUCCGAUGUCCCUAUCGAAUCCACGGUGCUCGUUCAAGGGACUGUAGUGGCUCGGCCAAUGAAUGCCAAACGACCUGGGCCUACCGGUGAAAUAGAUGUUGUCGUUGAUAAUUAUAUCCUGUUGAAUCCCGCGGACGCCAAUCUACCGUUUUAUCCUUCCACCGCCCGAACUCUGGCUAACGAAGAUCUUAGAGCUCGUUUUCGAUUUCUCGACCUACGCCGCCCAUCACUUGCUGCUAAUUUGAGAACGCGUAGUCGUGUGGCGCAUCUAGUCCGACAGAUUCUCCACAAACGAGACUUCACCGAGGUAGAGACACCUGUUCUCUUACGAUCCUCUCCAGAAGGCGCUCGCGAGUUCCUUGUCCCCACCCGCUCAGACGGACUCCCACGGUUUUAUGCUCUUCCUCAAUCUCCGCAACAGCCUAAGCAACUCCUGAUCUGCUCUGGUGGUGUCGACAAGUACUUUCAGAUCGCGAAAUGCUUCCGAGACGAGGAUGGGAGGAAGGACAGACAGCCAGAAUUCACCCAAAUAGACCUCGAAAUGGCAUUCGUGUCCUGGGGUGACCAACACGAAUCUUCAUGGAGGAUAGGCGGCAGCGAAGUCCGCGAUGUGACCGAGUCGCUUAUUCGUGCCAUCUGGAAGGAUGUCCUCAAUGUCGAGUUGCCAGCCCAGUUCAAGGUGAUGACAUAUAAUGAGGCCAUGAAACUGUAUGGCUCUGAUAAGCCCGACACUCGAUUCGAUCUGAAGAUCAAGGACAUAACACAUCUUCUCCCCGAAAAGCAACGACUGACAUUUGAACACCGCGGCGAAGUCCUGGAAUGCAUUCCCGUUCGCAAGCGACAAGAGUCUUCAUUCAUUGAGGUAGCUCGUGGAUGCGAGUUCGAUAUGCUCGUCGAACGCGUAGUCUUGUCCGAACAGAAUCUAUCCAACUGGCUCUCACAAUGUGGCGUUGCAGCAAGCGAAGAACAUCUCGACAAUAUCAACGCGCAUCUUGAUCUCAAGCCUGGUGAUGUCCUCUGGCUUUCUCGAAGCCCCCGUCUCCCGCGAGGCGGUUCCUCGCCACUAGGCCAGCUGCGACUUCACUUGUCCAAUUUGGCUCAAGCCGCAGGAAAACUUACUCUUCCUACUGACCCCCAUUUCCUAUGGGUUACUGAAUUCCCGUUGUUUACGCGCUCUGAUGCGGACAAGGACUUUCUGGCCCAUGGACGAUGGAGCAGCACCCAUCACCCUUUUACUGCUCCCAUGUGGCAAGACAUCGAAGCGCUGUACAGCGGUCAAGUCGAGACGGUUCGCGGGCAACACUAUGAUCUCGUGCUCAAUGGAGUAGAAAUCGGGGGUGGUUCAGUGCGAAUUCACGAUGCGGACAUGCAGGACCACAUCUUCAGCAGUAUCCUUCAGUUGGAUGAAACGGAGAAGGCACCGUUUGCCCAACUACUGCAGGCUCUCCGGAGCGGGGCACCCCCUCACGGAGGCAUAGCCUUAGGCUUUGACCGACUUAUGGCCAUACUCGUCGACGCAACCUCCAUUCGUGAUGUCAUCGCAUUCCCCAAGACCAGUGUCGGGACCGACCUGUUGUUCAAAAGUCCGGCCGAGGUGGACGUCAAAAUCCUUGAACAAUAUGGCAUCCAGCCUAGAUGGCCACCAAGUUCAUGA